AUGUCGCCUAGCGGCGAAAAGAGCAACCUCAAGCGGCCUCGAGUAAGUCUUUAUGCUCGCGCCGCCCAACUUUUCUUCCUUGGUUUCCUCGUCCGCAACGCUGACCACGUCCUCGUCGCAAAGGGCUCGCUGCCGGACGAACAGACCGAGAGUAAGAAGCCUCGCCGUUCCGACCGCCUCUCCGUCGAGCCCCGCGGCGCGCCCAACGGCAAGACGCAAGACAAGACGCCCGUCUCCCGCGACAACCACCUGCCAUCCCCGCUCACCAACGAUGCGACGUACGGCUCGAGCGACGCCAAGGAGCUUACUCCCACGCCUGUCGGCGCCAAGACGGUCGAGGAGACGACGCCGCGCAAGGCCGACGAUAGCUACGCACAGCUACAGGGCCUCUCCUCGCCGCCCCAGGACACGCAGCCCGUCAGCCAGCUUCUUGACAGGCAUCUCGAGUUUGCCGAGGACGCCCAAGCCGAGUCUGAGGAGGGUGUAUGGGGCUUCCUUGUUCCGCUAGACGCAAAGUAUGGCGACAAGCCCAUGGUUCUCAAGAAGCGAUGCGCCUGCCCAAACAAGGACUCGAUCAAGUUGGCCGCUGAUGCCGAGAAGAAGGAAAAUGUCGGUGAAACUCCACCCGCGAUUCAUGAAGAGGAGGCUUAUGAGCGCACACAGAUUGGCGGUAUUGCGUCUCGUGGAUAUCUCAUUGGUCGUCAUCCAGAGUGCGAUAUUAUCGUGAGCGAGGGAGUUGUCUCAAAUCGCCACUGCCUAAUUUUUACUGAAAACAACGGCAAUGACGCAGUUGCAAUUGUUGAGGACUUAUCCAGCAACGGCACAUUUGUCAACGAAGCCAUCGUUGGCCGCAAUCAGCGCCGCGAACUGGAAGACGGCGAUGAGAUUGCUGUCCAUGGUCGUGCCAGAUUCGUCUUCCGCUACCCCAAGAGUCGUCACACCAGCGCAUUCUUGCAACAAUACACGCUGCUCCAGAAGCUCGGAAAGGGCCAUUUUGCCGAGGUCUACCUGUGCAUUGAGAAAUCCACAGGCAAGCGCUAUGCCGUGAAAAUCUUCACCAAGACACCUGGCGUCGAAGAAAAAUCUAAGACAGAAGGUCUUCAACAGGAAAUUGGUAUGCUCAUGGCCGUGAGCCACCCGAAUGUGCUGUGUCUAAAAGACACGUUUAGUGAACGUGACCGCGUUUACCUCGUUCUGGAACUCGCUCCCGAGGGUGAGCUUUUCAACUAUAUCGUUGCCAAGUCCAAGCUCAGUGAGGACGAGACAAGGAAGCUCUUCAAGCAACUGUUCCAUGGUAUCAAAUACCUUCACGAGCGCAACAUUGUGCACCGUGACAUCAAACCUGAAAACAUUCUUCUAGUUGACAAGGAUCUCCACGUCAAACUGGCAGACUUUGGCCUUGCCAAGAUUAUUGGCGAGGAAUCCUUCACUACGACCCUCUGCGGUACCCCCAGCUACGUCGCACCUGAAAUUCUUGCUGAUUCUAAGCAACGCAAGUACACAAAGGCAGUCGACAUUUGGUCAUUGGGUGUUGUACUGUACAUUUGCCUGUGCGGCUUCCCGCCAUUCUCUGACGAGCUCUACUCUCACGAUUUCCCCUACACACUCUCCCAGCAGAUUAGGAGCGGCCGCUUCGACUACCCGUCGCCAUACUGGGACUCUGUCGGUGACCCAGCUUUGGACCUCAUUGAUUCCAUGCUGGUAGUCGACCCUGAAAAGAGAUUCACGGUCGACCAAUGUCUUACCCAUCCAUGGUUUACACAGCAACCGAUGAGCGUUAAUGAUAGCACCGGUGGCCUCGUCGGUGGCAUCGCUGGUCUUGAGGUGAAUCGUAGGGCCGCAAAGCGAGAGCGUACCCUGUUGUGCCACUACAAUCAGGUGCUGAUUCCUGAGCAUGUCACGGCUGGCAAUGCUAAGAACCCAGUCAAGGUCUUCAACCCCAAGGAUCGGGUCAUCAACAUUCCCCGUGAACAAGCACCGUCGGAGCAGCGAGCUCCCGCGGAAUUCAUGAGGAUGGGUGGCAAGGGAGACGAAGUCCUCUACCCUGACGACGCAAAAGGCAAAGGCGAAUAA